CUCUCGGUUUCCUGAAAGAUCUGUUUAUUGUCAGUUUAAAGGAGUUCAGAAUUUUAGACAUAGAAUGACUUCAGAAAGGAUUUAUUAUUUUGAGCUGCAGUCCCUCUGUGUAAGCAUCAGCUGCCUGUCAGUGCAGCGUGCUGUAACAUUACCUUCUGCAACAUCAGCAAGGAAAAAAGUGAUCAAAAGAACUGUUGGCAAAGGAGCAAUUACAGUACUUACCAACAGUUCCUCAGAAUUUAAUCUCUAAACAACUAAGGACGGCAUAUAAAUUGGUCCACCCCGUGAUAAUGUCCCACUUGAAUUUGUAAGGCGUAUGGGAGAAGGAGGAAAAGACCUUGGUUUUUCUAAUAUAUGCCUUUAAAAUACUCAUGACUACAAUACUGUAGAUAUGACUCUUCUGCAUAGCAAACUGGUUGCUCAUAGCUACAGUGUCAUAGAUAUGACUCUUCUGCAUAGCAAAUGAGUUUUAAACAGGCAUUAAACCUAAAAGGUUUGGCACUAACUGAAAGGUCAGUGAAAUAUUGAUCAUUAGUAACAAACCUCAUUCUCCAUGACAGGAUAUUAUCACGACUCCAAUAUAAUAAAAAAGAGCUGUGUAUGUGCUGAUUUCUUUUUUAGCAGUUCUAUAUUGUGAAGUCAGUACACUUAGCCAAGCUGAAUGCUAAAUAUAGACUGAAAGGGGCAGUCUUUCAUAGCUGUCUUUAUGGGUCCUGCAGGACUCAACAGGUUCCUAUGGGUCUAAAAGUAGAGAGAAGAACUGCAGAACAAGUUUUCUUCAUGUGAUUUUCACUGGCUGAUUUCUUCCAUACUGGCACAUUAACUGAAUAUAAUUAUGUUGGCUCUGUAGUGAUUGCAGUUGGCUACGGAUGUGCACGCGAGGAGAGAGCAGAGCAGAGCCAGUGCUGGGGGGAACGUGGUUCACAGACUGUGCUGCCUGGCACCACGUAAUGUUCUAGAGGAAGGACAGUGGGCACAGCCAUCUGUCCUGAAGUUACUGCUGCACACCUAAACGUCAUACGCUAGAUACAAUGGAGAGGCCUUCCUUGGAAAUUAACCUGCCUGAUACACAUGAAGAAGGAAAGCUUUAUGUAGUUGAUUCCUUAAACAACCUAAACAAGCUAAAUGUUUGUCCAGAUGAAUCCCAGCAUUCACUAGAUGAGGAGGAGAAUGCUGGUGGCACUGGAGAAAACAUGGCAGGGAGCAACACAGGAAAUCAGCGUUUGUUCUUCAUCACUUUUAUUCUUACUUUGAUCAUCAGUUUGGCACUUGUUUCAUUUGUAAUAUUCUUAAUAAUUCAAACUAGAAACAAGAUGGACCAAAUAUCAAGCAGACUACUAUCUGAAAAGAAGAACAUAGAAGAUCUGAAGAAAAUUAACAGUAUUUUAUUAAAGCAUCUAAAUCAAUCAGGAAUUAAGGAUAAGUCUUCCAAUCUUCAUGAUUACCUAUUAACCCAUGCUGAACUCAAAGUCCCUGGAGAAUAGAUCUUCUUUGGAAUGAAAUUUAGCAUAUUCAUGACUCAGAUAUUUUUACAUAUGUCACACAGGUUGCUUAAACAUUAUGAUAUGGUCACCGGAGCAUUGGAAAAGCCAACUGAAUGAAAAAUAUUAGAAAAUAAUAUUUUAUCCUGGUUUAUUUGGACGUAGAUUUUUAAAACUAAGCCCAUAGGAGUCACAAUAAACAACAGAUUGUCAACAA